AUGUCACUGUUAGAUCCCACGGUGACCUCUACAGCAAAGGAGCUGGUAGAGUCAUCCAAAACUACCAUAUUAUUCACCUUGGCCACUCCACCCUCAUCAACACCGGACAAAGUCACUGACACAAAUAAACCUUUACCCACGGUGACCGUGACAACUAGCAACACCUCUUCACCAACCACAGCCAACCUGAGGACCACUGUGCUUAGCACAGCCACAUCUGAGACUCAGGAAAGGGACACUACAACUGUACCCCCAACCCCGGCAACAGGCCCCACAACAACGAGUAUGUCACCUGACAUACACCACAGCACAGUCACACAGACACCCUCCCAGCCAGCACAGACGGACUCAAGCGUCGGCAUGACUGAACUCACAACACUGUCACCACCAAGGUCCAUCACCACUGGAAUGAGAUCCUCGGUGUCCCCAAGCCCAGGGGAGGCAGACAUGACCUUGACGACACCUUCAACGACGACAAUGAUGAUGAUGACGACAACAACAACAACAAUAAUGACGACACCUUCAAGCACACCAGCAACGAGUAUGUCACCUGACACACACCACAGCACAGUCACACAGACACCUUUCCAGCAGGCACAGACAGACUCAAGCGUCAGCCUGGGGACAACCCAAUCAUCUGACCAUUCUACAGCUCUUGUUCCUAGCUCCUCAGAGACAACCAAAUCUUCCACUAUGAUUGGGGCCAGUAAAGCACCCCCCAACUCUAAUCAGAGCAGUGGUCCGGGAGGUGGCACCUGUGCUUUAGAUGAAUAUCAGGCCAGUACCGGAGGUUGUGCAUGCAAUGACAGCUACUAUUCCCACUUGGAACUAUCUAGGGAGAUAGCAACCCUGCGCUGCAGGUCACAGGACAUUGAGGUGUCUCUCCUGAGCUGCUUCCUGAAAACUCAACACUGGGUCCUGAAGCAAGAUGCCUUCUCGAAGUGUUACAGUAUCAGUGCGACAGAAGAGGGUCAUCGGGUCCAGGUCUUUCAGGUGGAGAAGAAGGAGGGAACUUGUGGACUCCACGUCUCUACCAACAGCAGCUACGCAGUGCACUCUUUGAAUGUGCACCUUGAACAGGCUCUCCCUGGCUCCAGCAACACUGGCUUCAGAGUGCUCCACUUCAGCUGUGCCUAUCCACUGGCUGUGAACGUCAACAAGCCUGUGGCCCACCAGGAGAUCUCCAUUCCCGCCAUCCAUGUUCCAAGUAGCGGGGAGACCAUCAUCACCCUGAGCAUCUUCACAGACUCCGAACUCUCGGCUCCACUUAAGAACAGUACAGCUCCUGUUGGCCUGCCCCUCUACGUGGUCCUCAAGUCCACCAACAAUGACCCUGACCGGUUUGUCCUGGUGGCUAAUGAGAUCUUUGCAAGUACCAACGACUCCAACGCAGAGGCUAAGGCCACCUACCAUUUUGUGAAGGAGAGCUGCCCAGUUCAGGGCCGAAUACUCCAGGACUUGAGCAAUGGGGCUUCCAUGGAUGUGACACUGGCCUUCACUCUCUCACGAUUCUUGAAUAGUGACAUGCUUUACCUACACGCCAAAGUGACCCUCUGUGACAAGCAAGUGGGACACCCAUGCCAACCGUCCUGUAGUGGGAAGAAUCCCCUGCAGAGAAAGUCACCCUUGGACGCUCGACCUGGAACCCAGAAGGAGCCUAGCGGUGGCAAGUGGAUCGUGUUUGGACCUCUCCGAAUAAGUGAGUCCCGAGCCUCCAGCAGCAGGAACUCAGCAGGAGCCUGGAUAUCCAUCUUUCUCCUGAUUGUGAUUGGCUGGAUGCUGGGAUAA